UUUUUUUUUUCAGGUAACAACUUUGUUCUACCAUAAUUAUUGUGAUGCGAUGGGCAGUUUUAACCAUGAGCUUGGGUCAAAGGAGAGCUAUGCCUUCACCUUACAUCCAUUAAAAAACAGUAGUUCGGUAUUUUGGUUAUCCAUACAUUUCAAACAAGAUGAAAUCAAAUGGUUAAAAGAAAAGGCGGACAUGCUGAGAAAUGAUUUGGAAAUGGCAAAAAGGAGUAUAAUUGCUAAACAGUUGAAGCAUUAUUCGAUGCCUACCUUAAAGUUCCUUCACGAAAUUGAACUUUUGAAUCAGAAACCUCAAUGGGGAACACACCUCAGAUUUUGGUAUGGUGCCAACGAUGAUUCAGCUAACUGGGAGUAUAUAGAGAAGAAUUCGAUUUACUCUAAAGAGAACACGUAUGGGUCUGCUAAGCAAAAUCUGAAUCUGAAAAAGAAGAACCAAAUCCUACAGACUGCUGUUAGAACUCUCUUCAAUCGCUAUUUGGAAGGGACUGAUGAUAUCAAGUUAAAGAAUAUUCUGCGAGCUUACCGUUAUAUGUCACCUGUGCAAGGGGUACAACAUCUGCUACAUGUUUACUUAUUGCAACCAAAGUCUAAAAGUAGCCAUUACAAUGCCACAUUUAUCACUUCACAGCAUCUGUUGCCAUUGAUGUUUACUGAAGAAGAGGAUAUGUUUCAGGAAGGUUUCCAUAUCAGAUCCAGACACAAUAAUGUGAAUGGUAGCAAUGAGCUAAAACAGAUCAAUUUGAUCCUACCAAUUAGUAAAAAAGUGAAAGAAUUUGCACGAUUUACUAAGACACUGGAGAAGAUCUUUAAAGAAACACUUGAGAAUCUCAACGUGAUUCUUGUCGUGUACAAAGACCCAAACAGGUCCUACCUCAAAAACAUAGACAAGAUGAAACGCUUGGAGUCUCAGUAUGCUUCCAUGAAAGUAGAAGUGACAUUUUUGUCUGGAAAAUUUUCUCGUGCAGUGGCGCUGCAGCAUGGCGUGAAGAACUGCAGGAAUGACUCCCUGCUUCUUUUCCUUGAUGUUGAUAUGGUCAUAACAGAAGCGUUUCUACAUCGAGUACGAAUUAACACAAUAUAUGGCCAGCGAGUGUAUUUUCCUAUCGUCUUCAAUGGAUUUAAUCCUGAAACAAUUUGUUACAAACCAAAUUGCAAGAAAAAUCCCUUCCUAUUUGACCAGAACAAUGGCUUUUGGCUAUUCUUUGGUUUUGGUGUGGUUUCCAUAUACAAGAAAGACUUUCUGGAUGUAGGUGGCUUUGACACAAAAAUCAUAACAUGGGGAGGUGAAGAUGUAGGUUUCUAUGACAGGUGCCUAAUAUCCAACCUGACAGUAUUCCAAGCCCCUGAUUUGGCAGUGGAACAUGUUUACCACCAGAGACAAUGCCUAGACAAUUUAGAUGCAAAACACUACCAGAUGUGUAUAGGUUCUAAAAAUGCAGCAUAUGGAUCCCUGCACAAUGAAGCUGCAGCUGUCUACAGAUUCUCAGAAAUACUAAAUCAAGAGCCAAAUGAUAAUAACAAGACAUAAUUUGGUGUUUCUUAGUAAAAUUUAAAAGAGAAUGCAUUCAUGUGUGCCAAUAUGAUGCAUAUUAACGAAGGUGAAUUAACACAUUUAAGUGUAUUCAGUGUUAAGAUGAUAGCAUUAACUCCUGAUUUCUUUUUUUAUUGCUGGAUUCCAACCCAGGCUGCAGUAAGAAAUUCUACCCACUGCACUUUUCAGUCCAUCUUUGAGGUCUUGGGUUGUCGAUGUAAGUGUGACAAUGUGUUCCUACUCUUACAUCACCACAAGACUAAUUUAGAAGCUUCAUGUUCAGGGUGGGGCAUGCAACGACCAGAUAAGUCAGAGCCAUCUUUGCCUGAUCUCACUAACUUUCGGUAGGCCUUCAUAAAGGCAUCCAUAUAUAUUAUACAAAAAAUUCCAUGUAAACCCGAAGUUUCUACCAUUAAAAACAAGGAGUUACAA